ACUGUUGUUUCCAGAACUACCUUGCAUUCGGAUUCCUCAGAACCAGGCUGUGAAAAUGCUGAACGUAGACCCCAUUGUGUUGGAAUCUCCUCAGAAGUUCUUCUUGCGUGUAAAACAGAAAUUGCAGCAGAAGCAGCAGCAAAAAGAUCCAGCACUUCCAAGCCCAAACAAGCAGAAUGUUCCUCCUCCCCCAGCUGCAGAAAAGCCAGUAAUCAAAUCUGCUUUUGGUGAGCUGCUCCCCAGUGCUCAGACAGCGUGUGUGGCUGCUGCUAAGGACAAUGAGGAUAAUUUCCUUGUGGAAUCAAUGGAUGCUGAUGAUGAAAUGUCUCUAAAUACAGUAACAAGUACUGUGGGUGUCUGUUCUACCCCUUCUGACCCUGGAGAUCAGUUAGAAGGAAGAUGUGGAAACAGAGAAGCAAAACGUAGUGAACUUCAAGAGGAGAAAGGACGGCUGCAGCCAAGCAAUCAGCGAGCUGAGCACAGAGCAGAAAAGAUAUUGGAGACUGCAGUUCAAAAACCCACACAGCACUUGUGCAGUGUUGUGCUCUCUACUCAUGAAGCCUGCAUGCCAAGGAAGCAGAAGCAGAAAGAAAACUGUAAUGGCCCUUUGGAUAAACCUCGGGCAGAUCAGCUUGCUGUCACUGCUGACAAAGAGAAAAGAAUCUGCCUUUCCAGCUGGCGCAUUAAAGUGAUGAGCGGUAACACUGCAGUGUGCAUCGAAGGAAAACGAAAAGAUAUGAAGGAUAUGUUGUGGCAUAGUAAUGCAGUUGUAGAACGUGUAGCAUACAACCAAGUUAAAACAUCAUCUGGCAAUAUCUACUUGCUACAGGGACAUAUAGAUUCUGUUUGGAUGAGAAAAGAAGGAUUUUCCUAUCAGUUCAUCAAAAGAUUUAUGUUUGGGUUUUCCAAAAGGUGGAAGGAAUACAUUGAGGAGUUACUCAAGGAAUUAAGAAGGAAAGAACACAAAAAAAGGAUUGGUGAGGAUAGAAAUGACGAGAUUGACUCAAUGGUGGAUACAGAUGAGGCGGAAAGUGCAGAAGACUCAGCAAGAGAUGUAAGGAAACGUGAAACAAGGAACACUACGUAUGAAGUGUUACCAAGGAAAGAUGAACACACUUAUCAAACACCAAACCACAAACCUGCACUGAAUGGCUCCAGUGGGACCUACACUCGGAGCGGCCGUCUGGUCAAACCACCGCUCAGCUUCUGGUGUGGGGAGCGUGAGUUUGUGGAUCAGGAUCUAAACGUUACGAUACAGAAAGGUGGGACAGAUUAUCUGAGCAUGAUGUAUAGUACUGAAAAACCUAAAAGAAAGACCAGUUCGCUCUCUAAGAUGAAGGAAAAAAAGGAUUCAACAAAGACAGUGGAAGAAAAAACAAAAAGCCAAGAUAAAGGGAAAAGUGAAGAAAAAAGAGUGAGUACUAAAAACAAAGCCACGUCCACGGAAAGCAGAGAGGCCAGGCGCUUUAUUUCAGAUGAUGAAAGUGAUCGUGCAAGUGAUAUUAAUAAAAUUAAAACAUGGUUUUCCAAUAAGGGGACUCGCUUAAAUACUGAAGAUGCAAACAAGCAUAACUGUAAUAGCAGAAACACAGGAACAAGAAAAGAGAAGACAGGAAAAGAAUAUGGAGAAGCGACUACAGGUCAGAACAUGUACUCCUUAAGGUCAGCCAGAAAGCCUUGUCAUGGUAAGCCUUUACCAGAGGAAUCCUCAAGCAAAGAUGGGGAAGAGGAAUCCAGUGACUACAUCCAAUUGACUGUCAAAAGGAAAAAGAAACCUUUUUUGCCAAAAGAGAUUCAAAACUCUGAAUCUUCGUCUGCCUGUGAAAGGCUGCAGGGCAGCACAAGUGAGGUGUCGAGCGAACGCCAGGCAGUCGCACAGUGCCCUGCUGCCUCCCAUUCUAUGCAGCUGAGGCAAAGGAUACCUGCCUUCAUUGACAGUUCUGAUUCCUCCGAAGAAGAAACCUCUUCUGGUGAGGAAUAUCACACAAAGGAAAAGAGAUCAGAAGUAUCCAAUAAAAAAGCAAACGGUGGUGUUAAUCAUAUUGCCAAGCCUUCAGCAGCAAAACCAAGUGAAUCCAAGGGGGAUAAGGUGCACAAAACUGUCGCUUUUUUUUCAAAGGCAGCCGAUGACUGGUCUCAAAAGGAACUGCAGAAGCUGCACAGGGCAGUGGCUUCGUUUCCAAAGCACAAGAAUGGUUUCUGGGUGGAGGUGGCGAUGGCUGUCGGGUCUCGUUCUGCUGAGGAUUGCCAUCAGAAAUACACAGAAGAGCAGGCAAAAACUUCCAAAAGACCUGCCACAAAGAAAACCACGUCAGGAAAGCCAGAACAGAAAGAUAAGACAGAGCCAGUUGCAAUAACUGCCAAAGUGGGAACCUUCAAAAGAAAGCAGCAGAUGAGAGAUUUCCUGGACAAUUUGCCAAAGGACGACCAUGAUGAUGUUUUCACUGCUACACCCUUUCAAAAUAGAAGAGUGAGGUUGCCAACGUUCCUGGGAAGCCAUGAUGAUGAUGAUGAUGAUGACUUCGCUCUUACAAACAACCCAAUCACACCUUCCUCAGCUAUCUUCCCUCUGGCCAAAACACCUCAGUGUGAGCACAUCAGCCCUGGUAUGCUGGGCCCUAUCAACAGGAAGGACUGCGACAGACACGUGUUCAGGAUGCAGAAAACUCAGGGCUGCAGGAGCAGUUGGGACAAAGUGAAGAAGCAGCAGGCUGGCACUUUGCAUGGCACACCAGCUUCGAGCAGAACCAAGUUCACCUUUGCUAAAAAAGCGCAGCAGAGCCCUGCUGUAGGGAAGCUCUUUGUGGCUGAGGCAGCAGAUGGUACGUCAGAUGAAGAACAGGAAGAUUCCUAUUUUUCUGUUUGAACUUUUGGAGGUUUUAUUUAGUAUUUAUGAACUUGUAUAAAAAAGCCAAAGGAGGAGCUUCAGCCACCUCUGAUGUGCUCCUGUGUUCCUGCUUGAAGCUCAUUUUGACUGACUUGGCCUGCAGUGGAGCUGUGGUUGCAGCACGUUGUGAGCUGGGUGCUGCUCAGCACUGAGGAUGGCUUCUCCUGUGUACAAAGUGGAACUUCCUUGCUCAGGUUCCCCCUUCCUUUGCCAUGUUUCUCCUGCUGAAGGCAGAAAUGUACUCCCAUAAUGGGUUCACUCUAAGAUAAAAUCUAGAAAUAUUGCUGUACAGUACUUUUUUAAUAACACAGUUUGUAAUGAAUUGAAAGUGCUUUAUACUUUGCUGAGAAUUUUUUUUAACAUGAAUGUAGCAGCAGUUUUAUGAGCUCUUAGAGAAGCAGUGGCCUGAAAUUAGUAGGGACUGUUAUAUGUAAGCACUUCUAAAAUACUGCUUCCUGUCCCCUGUCAGCAAUGCUCAGUACUUUUAGUGUAGUACAGAAGAAUAAAGCUUUGAGCAUCUCUUU